AUGUUGGACAAAGAUGGCAUCUAUGAUGUGCCGAGUUGCAGAGGCCAAAGACGCCAGAGGGAAAAGAGCAGAAAAAAUAGCGUCGACCCGCUCCCUUCUUUCUGCGCCGGCGCUAUGCAGACGGCUCAAAUUCAACGACCGCAGCCAUCCCCUAACUUUGUUACCGACACUGCAGCUUCGAGAAGGAUUCUCCCGCUGAAGGACGUCGUGCAACGCCAGCCGCGCCGAGCAAAGCUGUAG